UUCAGGAUGUUAUAAUUUCUAUGCCUCACAGAGGAAGACUCAACUUGCUGACAUGCAUGCUCAAAUUUCCACCAGUGCAGAUGUUUCAGAAGAUGAAAGGUAUCAGUGAAUUUCCUCCUGGUGUGAAAGGCAGUGGGGAAGUAUUACAUAAUCUAAGUACAUUUCCAGCUUCUUCAGUAGAUUUAAAUUAUGGUCAAAAGAAGAUCUGUGUCACAAUGAUUCCAAAUCCAUCUCAUCUGGAGGCCAGCAAGCCAGUAGCUGUUGGUAAAGCCAGAGGAAGACAACAGACACUUAAAGAUGGAGAUUACUCUGAUGACCCAGCUGCUGUGAUGGGGGAUAAGGUGCUGUGUCUACAAGUCCAUGGAGAUGCAUCAUUCUCUGCACAGGGUGUGGUUGCAGAAACCUUUGCGAUUGCCAACACUCCACAUUUCACUGUGGGAGGAAGUGUGCACCUCAUAAUCAACAACCAGCUGGGAUUCACUACACCAUCUGAGAGGGGAAGAUCAUCUCUGUAUUGCAGUGAUGUGGCAAAAAUGAAUGCUUGUCCAGUGAUACAUGUAAAUGGAGAUUACCCUGAGGAAGUAAUUAGAGCUACCCAGCUUGCCAUGGAAUACAGACAGAAAUUUAGAAAAGACAUUGUGAUAGACCUCAUCUGUUAUAGAAAAUGGGGGCAUAAUGAGUUAGACGACCCGUCUUUUACCCAGCCACUUAUGUAUGAAAUCAUCAAGAACAGAGCUAACGUACCAGAUCUCUAUGCAACAAAUAUUGUAGAAGCAGGUCUUUGUUCUAAGGAGGAGUUGGACUUAGCAGUAGCCAGUUGGAAUAAAGAACUCAAUGAUGAAAUGACCAAUAUUGAUACUCACAUUCCCAAGGCAUAUCACUUGGAGAAGAACUGGUCAGGUUAUGUCCAAGCACCUGCCAGUCAAACAACAUGGGACACUGGGGUGCCCACUGAUCUCCUGAAGUAUAUUGGUGCUAAGUCUGUGGCAGUACAGGAUGAUGUGGCAGUUCAUAAUACGCUUUCUAAGCAUCACAUUGACAAGCGUGUUCAGCAGUUAGAGGAUGGGUCUAAUUUGGACUGGGCAACUGCUGAAGCCUUGGCCAUAGGCUCUUUACUUUGGCAAGGUAACAAUGUGAGAUUUUGUGGGCAGGAUGUUGGGAGGGGCACUUUCAGCCAUCGUCACAUGAUGCUGGUUGACCAAUCACACGAUGGGAUUGUUAUUCCUCUGAACCACAUGACGGAUCAUCAAAAGGGGUUUCUAGAGGUCUGCAACAGUGCUCUUACAGAACUUGCAGCUCUUGGCUUUGAAUAUGGAAUGAGUACAGAAAAUCCUACAUCUUUAGUCAUUUGGGAGGCACAGUUUGGAGAUUUCUUCAAUGGAGCUCAAGUUAUAAUUGAUACAUACAUUGCCUCUGGUGAAACCAAAUGGCUCCUACAGAGUGGCUUGGUGAUGUUGCUACCCCAUGGUAUGGAUGGUGAGGGCCCUGAGCACUCUUCAUGUAGAAUUGAAAGAUUCUUACUGCAAUGUGAUAGCAAGGAGGAUUGCUUUGAUGGGGAUGAUGUCAACUGGCAUAUUGUAAAUCCCACCACACCUGCCCAGUAUUUUCAUCUCCUCAGGAGGCAGAUGGUGCGGAAUUUCAGAAAACCCCUUAUUGUGGCCUCUCCUAAGAUGAUAUUGCGGCUUCCUGCAGCUACAUCAAGUAUGUUGGAUCUGGCACCAGGCAAGACGUUCUGUCCAGUACUGGGAGACAAUGAAAUAGAUGGCAGUGCUGUCAAGAGGGUAGUGUUCUGUUCUGGGCAGCACUACUAUGCCUUAUAUAAACAGAGGGAAACAGUUGGAGCUAAAGAUACUGCACUUAUCAGACUUGAGUGUCUCUGUCCAUUCCCAGCAGAAUCUCUUAAGCAAGAAUUGAACAAAUACAAAAGUGCUACAGAAUUCAUUUGGAGUCAGGAGGAACACCAAAAUUCAGGAGCUUGGUCCUUUAUAGCCCCAAGAUUUGAGAAAGUUGUUGGCUGCAAGCUGGCAUAUGUGGGUCGUGGACCGCUGGCAGCACCUGCAGUUGGCAUUGGACAAGUGCACCAGAGAGAAGUUCUGGACAUAUUGGAAAGAACAUUUGCUGAAAAAAAAUAUAACUAUUUCAGAGCAAGGUGCUGAUAAAAUGGGUUUAAUC